GAAACUGAAAACAAAAAUAAAAGGGAGACAUUCGAAGCAAAAAAAAAAAAAAUUGUUUUCCCUGGAUAAAAUAAUAACAAGAAUGACAAUACCAAUAAUAAUUAUAAGUAAGAGUGAAUAAAUAGAUAGAAAAAAAACCUUCACUGACUUCUCCACAUAAAUAACGUGAUUCCUUGAAAGAAGACGAAGAAGAAGAAGAAAAAGUAGUAAUAAAAACGCCAAUCAAAACACACAAGCUAACUGCAAGGCCAAUCCAGCCAUCUUCAUUUCGUCUUGAAGAAAUCAACGAAGAAAAUCGACCAAGAUGUUGAUGCAACAUUACAUGAAAAAGAACAUGGCCACCAAAUCAUCGUCCGUGAACAAGGGGGUGGGGGGUUAUAGGCCUACCAUCGACUGGCACGAAAUCACAAUCAAGCGGAAGAACGUGGCGGACCGGCAGGUGCUGGCGUGCAUCGUGAUCUCCGGCCUCAUCAUCAUAGUCGUCGGGGUCGCCAUCACGCUUCUCGGCUUCUUCGUCAUCGAGAACCAGUGCCCCUUAGAAUGGGAAAAGGGAAGCGGCACCUGUUACUACUUCGCCGAGCACAACGCAUCGUGGGAUGACAGCCGCGGGUACUGCGACAGCCAGGGAGCUAAUCUGCUCGAUCUACACACAGACGCUGAGGCAGAUUUCAUCAAAGAGCGGAUGCUGGGGGUCAGCUGGCUGGGCUUGUACAGGCAGAAGGACGCUGAACAAUGGGCUUGGCUCUCUGGCGCGAAAGUCAAUUACACCGUUUGGGAGAACACGCCGGCGAUAGCGGCGACGGAGAAGGAGUGCGUCGUGAUGGAAGAGACAGGGUUGUGGAACACCAUUUCCUGUGACGGCGAUUCUGCCUUUGUCAUCUGCGACUACAUUCCAGGCUACAACCCCUUCGUGCUGAUCGGCCCCGUCGUCAUCUUCUGCGGCGUCGUCGUCCUCAUGCUCAGCAUCGAGGUCUGCGUCAGGAGGGAAGGAGUUCAAGGAGAAGAAUCCCGAGAUUAUGGAGGACGAUGACGAUGACGACGAGAGACAGGAAACCUCAGGCGUGGUGAACCCGGGGUUCUCCGAUUCUCCACGUGCCUCACAAGUAGCUCCAGCCUAAAUCAUCACCACCACCUCCACCUCCACCACCUCUCUUCCCACAGUUACCAUACACGGAGGCUGCCACCGCCGCCACAGCGCCACGACCGCGGACGAAGCUAGGCACUGUUCGCGAAUCUCGGAUAUUUCCUGAAAGAGAAAUUCUCCCUUACGGUUCAGUUUCCACCCUCUUUGAUUCCCCUCCUCCUUCCAUUUCCUCUAUUCUCUCUAUCUCUCUUUCUUUCUCUUUCUCUCUCUUUCUCUCUC